AUGAUGGCGCCGAACGCAGAAUGCCAGAAGUACUACAAAGACGAUGAUAUCGUGAUUUCCGGUAUCUCUGGCCGCUUCCCGAAUUGCGAGACAUUCGAUGAGUUCAAAGAAAAACUGUUCGACGGCACGGACAUACUUGACAAAGAACAAAGCAGGUGGCCAGAUGGUAUUUGUGGAGCAGUAACCAAGAUCGGAGUCCUCAGUAAUUUGGAGAAAUUCGAUUCAACAUUUUUCAAUGUGCAUCCAAAACUGGCUGAAAGGCUGGACCCACAAAUCCGUGCUAUGCUGGAGAGUACAUACGAAGCGUUUGUCGAUGCCGGUGUGAAUCCGACUUCUUUGAGAGGAUCGAACACCGCAGUGGUUGUGGCGACGACGAACAACGAUUACGCCGAUUGGUGGUCUGCUGAACCAACCAGAGUAAACGGUUACGAGUUUUUGGGGUGUACCAGAACCAUGUUCCCGAAUCGUAUUUCGUACUCGUUCGAUUUGAAAGGACCCAGCUAUGCCGUCGAUUCCGGGUCUUCAGGUAGUCUGAUGGCUUUUGAACACGCGUUAUAG